CAGUGGCUACUUCCGUUUUCGGAAGAGUGCAGAAAGAAGCCGCAAAAUCAACAUUCAUUGACAGAAUUUGUAAAUAACACUAUUUUAUAAAAAUUGCGGUGUUGGGUUCAGGAUGUCAGGACAGAAGCGUCCGUGUGACUCCAGCGCCCCCUCUUCCUCGUCCGGUGCGCCCCCCGAUAAACGGAGGGAGCGAGAAGGAGGAGAGGACGGGGUUCCCGGGGUCAGCGCUACUGCCGUGGAAACCGUCAUCAAACUCGGAGGGGUGUCCAACUCGGAGGAACAGGAUGUCAAAGCUCUCCAUGUGAAGAACAGGAAGUUGGGAGAAUCCCUCGAUCAAAGACAGGUGAUUGAGGAUGAGCUGAGAGAGAGAAUCGAGAGACUGGAGACUCGUCAGGCUACUGAUGAUGCCAGCCUACUGAUCCUGAACAGAUACUGGAAUCAGUUUGAUGACAAUGUGCGCCAGAUUGGCAGGCGCUACGACCAAUCAGGAAGCGAGCCUGUGGAAACCCCGGUAGGAGAGGGGCGGAGCCUGAAGCCUGACACCCCAGAACCCGACGGCGACUCCAACCAGGAGAGAGCCAAAGACCGAGGCCAACAGGGAGAGACAACCACGUCCUUCCUUGCCACGCUGGCCAGCAGCAGCAGCGAGGAGAUGGAGGCGGAACUGCAGGAGAGGGUGGAGUCCAGCCAGAAGCAGGCCAACCGUGUGGUGGAGAUCUAUGACAGCUUGAAGACCACCGUGGAGCAGCUGAAGAAGGAUCAGGACUCUGGAGCAGAGGGCUCUGUGUGGCAGGUCGCUGUCCAGCUCAACACCCUCCUGUCCAAUGAGAACGACCGGCUGCGUCAGCUGACCGAUGACCUCCAGCAGAAGCACAGUCACAUGACUAGCGAGUCUCGUUCUCUGGGCCGGGCGGUGGCGAGGGCAGACAUACGGGUCAGUGAGCUGCAGGGCCUCAUUGAAGAACUCCAGUGGGACAUGGAGAAGAUCAGACGCAGAGAAACCCGCCUCAACACACACCUGGGAGAAAUCCUGGAGAGGGUGAACAGUAAAGGCUACAAGGUGUGUGGGGAGGCCAGCAGUGUGUGUGGAACCAUCACCAUCAACAAGAGAAAGUUUGAGGAGAUGAACAGUGAGUUGGAGGAGAACAGGGAGCUGGCGGAGAACCGUCUGAGCGAGCUGCAGCGGCUACAGCAGGACCUGCAGACGGUCAACCAGGAGAACAACAACAUGAAGGUGGAGUUGUUGAGUCGUGCUGAGGGGGUGGUGAGGGAGAGCUCAGAGUACCGCUGUCUCCAGUCCCAGUUCUCUGUCCUCUACAAUGAGUCUGUGGGCCUUAAGUCUCAGCUGGACGAGACACGCACACGCCUCAACACCACCAGAACGGCACGCCUCCGACAGCUAGAGCACAUGGAGAAUGAUGAGGUGUCUCUCCAGAGGAAGGUGCGUACAGAGGUGUUCCAGCUAGAGGACACUCUAGCCCAGGUCAGGAAGGAGUACGAGAUGCUCCGGAUUGAGUUUGAACAGACCCUCGCUGCCAAUGAACAAGCAGGUCCUAUCAACAGGGAGAUGCGUCACCUGAUCAGUACACUGCAGACACACAACCAGCAGAUGAAGGGAGAGGUGGUGAAAUACAAGCUGAGACUGAGAGAGGCACAGACGGACCUCAGCCAGGCUCGCACUACGAAAGGUAGCGCUAUCCUCCAAUCACAAUCCAGUACGGAGCUGGAUGUGAAGGAAGAAGCCAUCUCCCCCCUGACGCCUGCUGCCUCUGGUGAUGUCACCAUCAAGGUGGAGUCUGACAAUGGUUCAGCCACACCCAACAGCACUAGUACCUCUUUGAAGACAGAGCCUGGGACAGAGACAGAGGGAGAAAUCAAAGAGGAGGAGAAAGAGAAGGAAAUUAAGAAAGAGGAGAAGAAGGAGAGAGAGAGGCCAACCCGUGGAGGGGGUGGGGCCGUGAAGGAGGAGAAGGAGAAGGGUGGGACCAGCAACCAAUCGGAGGAGGUGACUCUGGAGCGCCCAUCUGUGAUUGGAGGACCAAAGCGGAAGGAGGUGGAGCAACUAAAAAUUGUCAGGGCGGACCUAAAGAAAGCCCAGGAGUCUCAGAGGGAGAUGAAACUACUGUUGGAUAUGUACCGGUCAGCACCCAAAGAGCAGAGGGACAAGGUCCAGCUCAUGGCCGCUGAGAAGAAGGCCAAGUCAGAGGCGGAGGAGCUGAAGCAGCGUCUCAGGGAUCUGGAGGAGAGGGAGAGGAGAGAGGGGAAGAAGAUGGCCGACGAGGAGGCACUGAGGAAGAUCCGCUCUGUGGAGGAACAGAUCAACAUCCUCAACAAGAAGCUCUCCCUGGCCAAGCAGGAGGAGGAUGCGUUGCUGAGUGAGAUGGAUGUGACGGGCCAGGCUUUUGAGGACAUGCAGGAGCAGAACAUCCGACUGAUGCAGCAGUUGAGGGAGAAGGAUGACGCCAACUUCAAGCUGAUGUCGGAACGCAUCAAGUCCAACCAGAUCCACAAGCUGCUCAAGGAGGAGAAGGAGGAACUCGCCGACCAGCUGCUCACGCUCAAAACACAGGUGGAUGCCCAGCUGCAGGUGGUGAGGAAGCUGGAGGAGAAAGAGCGCCUCCUCCAGGGCACCAUCAGUACAGCAGAGAGAGAGCUGGCUCUGAGGACACAGGCUCUGGACAUGAACAAACGCAAGACCCAGGAGUCAUCGGUGCUGUCGGAAGAGGUGCGUAGUCAGCUGGACCAGGUGCAGCAGAGACUGGGAACCGUCAGGGAGGAGGUCAUAGAAAACAGCAUCUCCAGAGAGAAGGAGUCCUUCAACGCGCGCCGCGCACAGGAGGACAUCUCCAAACUGCGGAGGAAGAUCGAGAAGGCUAAGAAACCAGCCGAGACCGUCCUCAACGGAGACGACAUCCUCAACGAGGAAAUCAAUGAUUACAAGGCGCGUCUGACGUGCCCGUGCUGUAACUCCCGGGUAAAGGAUGCCGUACUGACCAAGUGUUUCCACGUCUUCUGCUUCGAGUGUGUAAAGACGCGCUACGACACGCGCCAGAGGAAGUGUCCCAAGUGCAACGCCGCCUUCGGCGCCAACGACUUCCACCGCAUCUACAUCGGCUAGAGAGGGUGGAGGAAGAGGAGGAGGAAGGGACCGUAGGGGUUAGGAUAGUGGUGCCGGGAGGUCAGCGGUAUCCACACCGGGCUUUCUGUCCAGCCAAACAAAACUGUUAUCACCACUCUAAAGAGUGAGGUGGAAUGAGACUAGAAAUCUGAGAGGUUUGAUGGACAUGUAAUCAUUAUGGGAAUCUAUCCACCUUGCUCUCUGAUAGGCUAUGUGGAGUUGCUGACUGACACCUAUUCAGUACUCUCGGAUCUCCACAAUAGUGGUGGGGGCUAAGGGUUGUUUCUGGAUUGGUGUACAUUACAUUGACUUAUAGAGAUCAUGGUUAUAUUUGCUGGCUGUGCACUGCCUGCCUGGCUGGAAGAAAAGCCUAUAGGAGAGACUGCCUGCCUGGCUAGGAGAAAAGCCUAUAGGAGAGACUGCCUGCCUGGCUGGAAGAAAAGCCUAUAGGAGAGACUGCCUGCCUGGCUAGGAGAAAAGCCUAUAGGAGAGACUGCCUGCCUGGCUGGGGGAAAAGCCUAUAGGAGAGACUGCCUGCCUGGCUGGGGGAAAAGCCUAUAGGAGAGACUGCCUGCCUGGCUGGAAGAAAAGCCUAUAGGAGAGACUGCCUGCCUGGCUGGGGGAAAAGCCUAUAGGAGAGACUGCCUGCCUGGCUGGAAGAAAAGCCUAUAGGAGAGACUGCCUGCCUGGCUGGGAGAAAAGCCUAUAGGAGAGACUGCCUGCCUGGCUAGGAGAAAAGCCUAUAGGAGAGACUGCCUGCCUGGCUGGGAGGAAAGCCUAUAGGAGAGACUGCCUGCCUGGCUGGGAGAAAAGCCUAUGGGAGAGACUGCCUGCCUGGCUAGAAGAAAAGCCUAUAGGAGAGACUGCCUGCCUGGCUGGGGGAAAAGCCUAUGGGAGAGACUGCCUGCCUGGCUAGAAGAAAAGCCUAUAGGAGAGACUGCUUGCCUGGCUGGGAGAAAAGCCUUUAGGAGAGACUGCCUGCCUGGCUGGAAGAAAAGCCUAUAGGAGAGACUACCUGCCUGGCUGGAAGAAAAGCCUAUAGGAGAGACUGCCUGUGGCUCAACAAUAGGAUUACAGUACCUAGGGCCUUGUGUAGGGGGGAACAGUGAGAUUUGACUUGAAGGGAUCCUCGUAGACACACUUUUCCAUAGUUGAUGUAGCUACUGGGGGUGUUUUUCUCUCCUCACUGAGUUGAUGGAGAGAGAGAUACAGACCUCUUUCACUUAAUAAUUUCAGUCCUGAAGGGCUGCAGUGAUGUGCUGAAGACCCUGAUAACCAUUUGAUAACAGACCCUUUUUAACUGAUAGUCAACUUCUCUCCCCAGUACUGCUACCCCAGGGAACUAGACACCAGAUGACCUUCCUCGGGCUCUGGAUUUAGACUGGUGUGUGUGUGGGCAUCUCAGUUUACACACGUGUGAGGGAGAAGGUAAAACAGAGGAACCAUUUGCUAAGAUGGUUAGAAAAGCAAUGGUGAGAGUCCCUGGACUAACAGGGACCCUUGCUCCACCUGUACUCUGUCUGUGUGACCUGUCAAUGUUGUCCUUGUAUUUCUCUUUUUGUAUUUGAAAGCUGACUCAUCAGGCCAUAGACAGACAUGCUACCAAUACCUUGAACUGAUGCCGAUGUGUAAUAUUGCUGCUCUGAAAGUUAUUCAACUGCCAUGAAAUCUAGAAGCUUGUCUUGCAAUUGGUUACUUAUCAGUAAAGUUUGUGCAUUUUUAUUAGCUACAGUA